CGGUAACUAAACAAUAAGAAAACAAAAUUGAUAAAACAAAAAAAACUCUAACCGACCAAAUAAUACCCACGUUUAGGUGUGUUAUAAGUAUUUGGUGUUUGUUUAAGAGCCAACCCAAUGGACAAACACACAGAUAUCCGCUACACCACAGCGUUUCGCGUGAAGAAAUGGAUCCUGUUCACAUUCUGCUGCCUGUCCAUCGUGGGCACCAUCAUUAUGGCCGCACUCGCCUCCACUAUCGUUGACCAUUAUGUCGACCAAAACUCAGAUCAGUUUAACGAUCUCACCAUCGAUGAGAGACAACGCCUUAAAUCGAUGGCCAAAGUGGUGAUAUACGUGUCGACCGCAUACGCCAUACUAUUCAAUCUGUUGGGUCUGAUGGGCGCCUAUAAGGAGCACUACUGCAUGACCGUCACAUACGCCAUCCUAAUGACCCUGGGCACUUUGGGCUCCAUCGGCACCGCCAUCCAGAAUCCAUACUACUACACGAACACGGUCAUUUAUUUGUUGGUCACGAUACUGGCCUUCGCAUUUGCCUACGAUCUGCGCCGCCGUCGGCUCAUCCUAUUCUCCGCACCCAUAGUCAUAAGCCCAGUGCCGGCGCCCACCGUCGACGCCAUACCACUCACACCUCCGCCUCAUUACCAGAAAGAAGACGCCGGCAAACAGUACGCGCCGGUCGCCCAGUCGGAGGACAUACCGCCGUCUGAAAAGCACCGCUCGUACGCCGCUGUGGUUGCCAACGAUGAGGAGGGGGCGCACGACGGGGCCCAUGACGGUCAUCACAACGAUCACCAUCAUGAACAGGGCGGCCACGAGCCUCAUGAGUGAAUUUUUAUUUUGUAUUUUCCAUAUUGUAUACCAUUUUUACUAAUAAAUCAAUCAUUUUUAA